AUGCUGCUCAACAUUUGCAAGUCAUGCCAGUACUGCCUGGAGACGAUGUACUGGAACUGCUGCGAGGAGAGGUUCUGCUUCGACAAGAAAAUCGCGACUUACAAUUUGGAUGACAAUGUCACUUCAGUAUAUAGCAACGGUAUUACGAACAUGGGCGCGAGCCUGGAUAGCGUGGUCACCCAGCAGCCCCACAACAACAACCACCUCCCACCUACAGCUGUCGUGGGUAGGGAGUUGAAGGAGCUUCCGAUACACGCUGAUAAAAUUUAUGAGGUUUUCUCUAAAUCACUGAUAUUUAGAGACGAUCAUGAACUCAAAUCAGGAGGCAGCAGCGAUACUUUGGACGAUAUAGAGACCAAAUCUGAACCGGAUUACCUAUCCGAUAGACCAAAUAGAACGAAAGUCUACUUUGAAGAUGAAGUAGAUUCACCAGUGACAGACUUCGAGAUAAUGUUCAAAGAUGAACUGCUUGCGAGCUACGACAUGUUUAAAAUAGACGAAGAAGAAGAGGACAGAAAGAGUCAAGACACUGAAGAUGGCUUAACGAUGAGUGUGGCAGUAAAGAAGCAAGACGUGAUCAAACCCAGCACUGUUACACUAAAAGGAGAACCGAAAAUGACAACACAAAAUCCAGUUUACGAAUACGAUCCUAUAUCAGUAGUGAAUUUACCUCUGAAUUUAACUUUACCAAGGGUUGAAAGUGUAAAGGGGAUUUUGCGACAGAAAAACAACAUCCAUAGAAGUGACAGUGCGAAGACCUUAGAACGAGUUGACAGUGGUAACAAACUACUGAAGUCAACGUUAAACCGAGUUGAAAGUUUAAAGAACAUAGAUCCAAAUAAAAUAAACAUGCUCUUGUCGAAAGUACCACACAGGAGCGCUUCAUUCCUGAACAUACCAGAGCAUUUGAUACCAGAGAAGCCGCCGUUAAUGAAAAGUAAAUCUACGGUCGGUGUGACGUCACUAGCGGAGCACGAACUCAAGCUUAGCCAACUUCCAGACACGCCGAUCAUAAAAAGCAAUAACCUUCCAAGAUUCUUCGCUGAUAGUCCUUCCCUAUCUGAAUAUAAAGGUGAAACCAGCUUGCAAAGUAUCAAACAGAAGACGGAGUUAAUGUUCCAAGAAAACGACUUCAGUAUGCCUCGGUAUUACGGAGCAGUGAAACCUGCGGAGUCGCUGCCUGUUCACGAAAGCAAAUCUAUGCCGGAUCUAAGAAAUCCGAAUUCAAACGCAAAAGUCAGUAAGCGACUAGUUAAACUGAGGAGCAAACUGAAACCUUUAGUCAUUAGGAAGAGCUCUGAUGAACGGUUAUAG